AAGAAUCGAUCGACGUUUUGUUCUAUAGUGUGCGCAAUCAAGUUUCGGGGGCUCUAUAUCACAUCGGCAUCCAGUCAGUGGAGUGUUAUCAAUAGGGUCGUCCCGAAGACUACUUGGUGGUGUCCUCAUCCCAGUAUUUCUCAAUGGAAAUGUGCCGGAUACGAAGAGGUAAAACGAAACCACUGGCGGCUAGUAGCAGUUGAGCUAUAGCAUAAGGAAGACAAUUAUUGUAGUUACUUCAAAGCACAAAUUCAAAACAAUAAGCACAAUGAAUAUCCGCCCCAAAGACAAAGUAACAGCAGUUUUUCGAAGGCUCUUCAAGUCGUCUAACAAUAAGGAAGAGGGUCCUAGUAAAGCCAGUGGGCCGCCUCAAGCUUCUCCAGCACGGAGAUUACUAAGAAGUUAUAAGGAUACCGUAUCACCAGCCAGCUCAAGUCAAGCACCAUCGCCGGGAUUCAGCGCCAAAAAUAAAAAAGAUGAGACUGCCACCCAAAACAAAACUGUACGCGCCAAAAGACUGAUGAAAGAAUUUCACGAUUUACAAAGAUUACAAAACUCUAAACAGGAACCCGUGUUUUCGGUCGAACUAGUCGAAGACAAUCUAUUCGAAUGGUACGUGAAAAUUUACAAAGUGGAUCACGAAAGCGAUCUCAUGCAAGACAUGGCUGAACUUGGUAUUCGCUACAUAUUGCUGCACCUAAUCUUUCCAGACAAUUUUCCAUUUGCACCGCCAUUCAUGAGACUUAUUUCCCCUAGGAUCGAAAAAGGAUUUGUUAUGGAAGGUGGUGCAAUCUGCAUGGAACUACUAACACCUAGAGGCUGGGCUUCAGCGUACACAGUUGAAGCGGUUAUAAUGCAGUUUGCAGCUAGUGUAGUGAAAGGUCAAGGCAGGAUACAACGUAAAAGUAAGGGACAAAAAGUGUUUAGCAGGAGAACAGCCGAGGAGAGUUUUCGGUCACUAGUGCGAACACAUGACAAAUACGGCUGGGUAACUCCUAGUCUGGCAGACGGUUAGUUAGGAUAAGUUAAUUCUUAGUACAAAUUAUUAUGAAAACUGUCGCUGAGUGUUUAGCUGAAAGUUCAAAAGUAAGUAUAUAUGAUUAACCGGAAGGCAGUUAGUAAAUGUCACAAAUAAUUGCAUUGUUCUUAUGACUUUAGUGAAAUUGCGAUUUAAGUAAAAAAAAGGGUAGUAAGAUACUUAACGUGGAGCUGUAGCUAAUCAUCAUAUUUAUUAGGUGUACCUAUAGGAUUUUUAAAGCAAAUAUACACUAAUUAUAUAUUUCACUUGACUGUGCCAAUAAAUUUGUCGUUCUUAAGAUAUCCCAUUCCGUUUAUGAAGAGAAAUGGUUUAAAUGUUGAUACUUUACUUGAAGAUAUUAAAUUAAGUUCAGGAAAAUUGCUAGUAUGUAUCUACAACUAAAUACCUAAAGAUACCAUUGAUACUCAAGUAGACAGACACAUCAGUAAGUAGAUAUGUAUGAAGGAAUCUGUAACUUGAAAAUGAAUGCACACAUUACAAGUACCAGUCAAACUUUUCUAUUGGAUACUGUAAAGUUAUGCGACAAUAAUAUAUCGUCUUGAAAUGUAAUGAAAUUCACAAGAUGAUAUUAUUUUUAUGGUUUUGAAGUUCUAUAAGGCGACAAUCAGUACCAAGCAAAGUACCUAUCGUUCAGAUUGUUCUACAACUCAUCACAGGUAUUGCUACAUUGAAAAAUACAUUGGAAAAUGUGUCAAAUUUGAUUGGCCAAGUAGGCCAGAGAAUUUUCAUACCGCGACACUUACGAAAUUAUAUGAAAGCUAAUAAAAUCUGAAAAGCAAAUAUAUAGCAUAUUUCAGUAAAGUCAUCUUCUCAAUAAGCUCCCUGGAAAGCUCAAAAGAAAUCUUCCAUCUUCAGAAAUCAUUGCAAGAAAUGUUAUUUUGUCUGGUAAUGCAAUGAACAAUCCAAUUUUGGGUGCAUUCAGCUUCAAAUAAAGCUGAUCUGUACAGUUAAAUCUGGAUUGUAUUAAAGUCCUUUAUGCGCCAAGCUCAAACUGUGUAACAAAUGUAUACCAAAUAUUGACGACAAUUAUUAUUAAUAUUAAAUUAAUAAAUGUUAUGAUGCACAAAAUCAAGAGUAAAAACCCUUUCCUGAACUUUGUAUUAAAUGUUCAAUUAAAUUUAAGCUAAUUUUAAUGCUCAUAUGAAUAUAUUUUAUAUAAACAAUUUUCGUAGUGUUAGCUUUGUUAAGAUAUUAUAAAUAUUAAAAAUAAGUCAAAUACAAUGUCCACUCUUAGCAGUAUUAUUAAAUUAAUCAAAAUAUAAAAUUGUUAGCCAUUUAAAAAAUAAUUUCGUUUAAGUAUAUUGUUGUGUAUUUUAUGUAUAUUUUUUGUCUUCCAGAUAUUUAGAGAAGUUUUACAGGUUAUAUUGUACUUAAUGUAUAUUUUUGUCCAUUAUGGUACAGGAGUUUCAUAGUAAAACUACUCAACAAUCAACAAAAUAUUCAGCUUGAUAAAACGCCUGUACUUUGGUCUUUCACCAUAAAUGGCUAUUUUCACUAUGUUAACUAAAUUUAUAAGACAAAAUUCCAACUUGUACAUAAUUUUAAAAUUUUCCAAGUUUUGCAGAACCAUAUUAUUAUGUUAUAGAGUAGCCAUUUAUGGACACUUCCAUGUUCUGUAUAUUAAAAUUGGUGUGAUAAAUGUUAUUGAAUAAAAAAAAUUUGCAUAAAAAAAUUGUUUUAUUUUUCAACUUGUUAUUUGAAGUGAAGAAAUCAUCACAUUUAUUUUAUUCUUUUCCUAACUUAAAUUAUAAAGUAACUAAAGGGCAACAGUAUAAAUUAAAUUAAAUCAGUUUUGAGAUGACCAAUCAUAGAAACAGAAUUCCUAAAAAGAUCACAUUUUUGUUACUCCUCCACGCAGUGCCAGAACUAAAUGCAGAACUGAGCCGCCUUGAACUUUAUAGUCCUGGGCAGUUUUUUCAUCAUUC